AUGCGAUACAAAUUCCCCAUAUGCUAUUCUUUUCUACCAAGUUCGCCAUUCCCCAGUAUCUGUAAACCAUGUCUCCGACAUCAACUCUUCCAAUCCAACAGGAAAUGCAUAUCCACCCUCACCAAAUCCCGCCAAACACCACUCCCACCCGGCACAACCAUAACAUGCGACUCCAACCAGACUUACCGAAUCGAAAAACUGCUCACUCACGGCGGUAAAUCUGGCUUACAUGUCUACCGAGCGAACACCACCACCAACAACAAGCAAUAUAUCAUAAAAACCAACAUCCCAGGCGACUUCCAACACCAGCUCAACAUCCAGAACCAGCUAUCAUCCUGUUCAAAUAUCCGGACAUUCGUUAAUUCUGUCCGCGAGACAGAAGUAUUCAUCUACCCCUUUCUAAGCGGGGAUUUGCUCCGCUUUAGUCAGAGGAGGAUGAUAUCCCACGAAACGAGGAAGAGGAUUCUCCGCGAUGCAUUAAGUGGAUUAGUUGAGAUGCAUGAGCGGGAUAUGGUGCAUAAUGACAUAAAACCAAACAACAUCCUCAUCGACUACACAGACCCCACCACUACGAACAAUAACAGACAGCCAUCAAUAAAGUCAAUCCAGAUCUCCGACUUGGAAGAUACAGUCAUCGUCCCACCAGGGAAAUGGCUCCGCGGACCCCUCUGCGGAAAUGCACUCUGGCGCAGCGCAGAGAGCUGGGCGCGAUCUCGUCAGAACCAGGCGUCUGAUGUGUUUUCGUUUGCCCUUGUGAUGGUUUAUGUGAUGGCAAAUGAAAUGGUUCUUCGCGUCCCUGAUGAACAACUGAACGCUGAGGACUCCUGGCGUUAUGUUCUUCGUCUUCACCUAUCAUACUUUGCCGACAUAGAAGGCGUGGAGCGCUUCCUUGAGCACAUAGGGGAGCAAAACCCAUUCUUUGAACGCAUAUUGGAGCUAAUCAACACAUUCGGACUGGAGAAUCCGAGACAACCGGUCGAACAUUGGGAUUUUCUCGAACCCGAACUUAAGGAUUUGGUGGCUAGGAUGACUUAUCUUGAUCCCAGGGGGAGGAUUACGGCGAGGGAGGCGCUGGAGCCAUUUGGUUUAGGUGAUUAG